UUCGAAUGUUUAUUACCUAAACAUAGCGAAGGUGAAACCACCAUUUAAAUGCAAUAAGCGUAAAGCACGAAAAAGACAAUUGUAUUUUUGUUUUUCUUUCUAAUAUGAGAUUUAUAUUCUGAAAUGAGCACUUGUGGCUUCGUUGAUUCAGAGUGAAUUGCCUGUUAUACACAAACAAACCGUCGAAGAAAGCAGACAGAAAGAUGACACGUAUAUUGCCAGAUAUCAAGUACACACAGUUGUUUAUUAACAAUGAGUUUGUGGAUGCACAAAGUGGUAAAAAAUUUCCCACUAUAAAUCCAGCUGAUGGCACUGUCAUUGUCGAAGUCUCUGAGGGUGACAAGGCGGAUGUAGACAAGGCAGUUGCAGCUGCAAAGAAAGCAUUCAGCAGAGGAUCAAAAUGGCGAAAGAUGGAUGCAUCCGAAAGAGGGAGGCUUAUGAACACAUUUGCAGAUCUCAUCGAACGCGAUUUAGAUUAUAUUGCCACUCUUGAAACUCUGGAUAAUGGAAAAGCAUAUAGCAAUGCAGUUUUGGAUGUAAACGCGAGCAUAGCAACAAUUCGUUAUUAUGCCGGAUGGUGCGAUAAAAUCCUUGGCGACACUAUUCCAUCAGAUGGAAAUUUUGUUACGUUUACGCGAAAGGAACCAGUCGGUGUAGUGGGUCAAAUUAUUCCUUGGAAUUAUCCUCUUUUUAUGCUGGCAUGGAAAUGGGGUCCAGCAUUGGCUACUGGAUGUACUAUUGUCUUGAAACCAGCUGAACAGACUCCAUUAUCUGCUCUUUACUGUGCAGCACUUGCUAGGGAAGCUGGAUUUCCUCCAGGUGUUGUAAAUGUUAUUACAGGAUAUGGCCCAACAGCUGGUGCAGCUAUCGCGGAACAUCCCGAUAUUCGUAAAGUCGCAUUCACUGGAUCCACAGAUAUUGGCCAUAUAAUAAUGGCAGCUUCCGCUAAAACAAAUCUCAAACGCGUUAGUCUUGAAUUAGGAGGCAAGAGUCCCUUGGUCAUUUUUGAUGACGUCGAUGUUAAAGAAGCUGCAAAAAUUGCAUACGAUGCAGUAUUUGCAAAUCACGGACAAAAUUGUUGCGCUGGCUCGCGUACUUUCGUACAUUCGAAAAUUUACGACGAAUUUGUCAAACACGCGAAACAGUUGGCUUCUGAAACGAAAGUUGGCGAUCCCUUCGAUUCUAAAACUCAACAAGGACCGCAAAUCGAUCAAGCUAUGUUCAAUAAGGUCUUAGGAUUAAUUAAAUCGGGAAAAGAAGAAGGUGCAGUAAUUGAAACUGGUGGAGAACGUCAAGGCAACGUUGGCUACUUCAUCAAGCCUACUGUCUUUUCUAACGUGACCGACAACAUGAGAAUUGCUAAAGAAGAAAUAUUCGGUCCCGUUCAAUCCAUUUUGAAAUUCGAAACGCUUGAUGAAGUCAUAGAACGCGCAAACAGUGUGGAACAUGGCCUUGCCGCUGGUGUGAUUAGCAAAGAUAUCGAUAAAGCAUUGGUAUUUGCACAAGCAGUACAAUCUGGUAGUGUUUGGGUGAAUUGCUAUGAUGCCAUUACACCUCAGACUCCAUUUGGUGGAUUUAAACAAUCUGGCAUUGGUCGUGAGCUAGGUGCAGAUGGAUUGGAGUUAUAUCUCGAAACCAAAACAGUGUCUAUUAAGGUGCCAACAUGUAAUUAAAACUAAUGUACAUAAAUAUAUAUAAUCCAAAUUGUUACAUCAAAUUUAUAUAAAUAAAUUCAUUAUGUUUUGCAUUUUUUGAUCCUCCA